AUGGAUUCUAUGCCAAUUCGCCCAAUCCCUGUCCCUAGUGCAGAUGCAUUGAAAAUUGCAGAGCCAGAAACCAAGACACAACAUGUCGAGCAUCACUUGCCGAAAGGACUCUCCCAAACCGAAGACGAGAAGGCGGGCCAUUGGUUUAUUGGAAGCAUAGAUUGCGGAACUACGUCUUCGAGGUUCUUGAUUUUUGAUGGAGAAGGAACACCAAUCUCAAACCACCAAAUUGAGUUUGAGAACAUCUAUCCGGAAUCUGGCUGGCACGAGCAUGAUCCGCAAGAACUAGUCAACUCUGUCGACGAAUGUAUUGAGAAGUCAACUGCUGCGUUCCUGGAAAAAGGAUACAAGAAAGAGCAGAUCAAAGCCAUUGGAAUUACGAACCAGCGCGAGACGACCAUCUGCUGGGACACAAAUACUGGAGAGCCUCUGUACAAUGCUAUUGUCUGGCCAGAUACCCGUACAACAUCAAUUGUCCGAGAACUCAAGGCACGAGAAGGUGCAGAUGAGCUACAACAGCUUUGUGGAUUGCCACUUUCCACAUAUCCGUCAAGUGUCAAGCUUCUCUGGCUCUUGAAUCAUGUCGAUGCUAUCAAGACUGCCUACAACGAGGGCAGACUUUCGUUCGGCACCGUAGAUACAUGGCUGAUUUACAAGCUGAAUGGAGGCAAAGAAGCUGGUGUUCACGUAACGGACACUACCAACGCUUCAAGAACGAUGUUCAUGAACCUUCACACUCUCAAAUACGACGACAAGCUCCUGGAUUUCUUCAAGCUCGACCAGAAGAAUAUUACUCUUCCAAAGAUCGUACCUUCUUCGGACAAGGAUGCCUUUGGCGCUCUAGCAUCUGGUAUUCUCCAAGGAACCAAGAUCACUGGCUGCUUGGGCGACCAAUCUGCAGCAUUGGUGGGCCAAUGUGGCUUUAACCCUGGUGAGGCUAAGAACACUUACGGGACUGGUUGCUUCUUGCUGUACAACGUUGGUGACAAGCCUGUCAUCUCGAAAUAUGGCCUGCUCGCAACUGUUGCUUAUGAUUUUGGAAAUGGACGCAAACCCAUCUAUGCUCUUGAGGGAAGCAUUGCGGUUGCUGGAUCUGGUGUCAAGUUCCUGAUGAACAAUAUGGGUUUCAUCAAGCACUCUCACAAGAUUACAGAGUUGGCGGAAACGGUGAAGGAUAACGGAGGUGUAGUGUUCGUCACUGCUUUCAGCGGUCUCUUUGCACCUUACUGGAUUGAUGAUGCUAAGGGAACGUUGUUUGGCAUUACUGCACACACUCAACGAGGCCACAUCGCAAGAGCCACUCUGGAAGCUACAUGCUACCAGACUAAAGCUAUCUUGGAUGCAAUGGAAAAAGACUCGGGACACAAAUUGGAAGGUCUGGCAGUCGAUGGCGGGAUGUCCAAUUCCAACCUCUGCAUGCAAACACAAGCCGACAUUAUCGGCAUACCCGUCGACAGACCAGUAAUGAGAGAAACAACUGCUCUCGGCGCUGCAAUUGCAGCCGGCUUUGCAGUAGAUAUCUGGAAAGAGUUCGACGAACUGAAGGAGAUCAACAAGGAAGAUAGAACAAUCUUCACUCCGCAAGUAGAGAAGAAGAAGAGUGAUGCGAUGUUCCGGAAAUGGGAGCAAGCUGUGGAGAUGAGCAAGGGAUGGACUCAGCAGUGGGAGGAGGAGAAUUAAAUCUUGGGCGAGCAGUGGGCGGUUGAACUGAUCGCCAAGUUUAUGAACGUAUGACUUUUAAUGUUUUGUGUGUACUGUAUCAAUACCCUAUCUAGAUUAAUAGAGG